UUGUUCCUCUCCAUUCUGAAAUGGACAACAUUUCAGCAACUGGAAGCCCAAAUACAAGCUAUGAAAUCGGAUCAAACCCGGAUAGCCGAAGAAGAGCGUAGGAAAACACUAAAUGAGGAAACAAAACAUGCACGAGCUCGAGCUGACUAUCAAGAUCAACUUGCCCGGAAGCGUGCAGAAGAAGAGCUAGCUUUGAAGGCUAGAAUGCAGGAGGAGAGUUUGCGAAAACAGGAGGAAAGCGUGAAGAAGCAAGAAGCUCUGAGAAAGGCAACUAUCGAACAUGAACUAGCUCUCAAACAUAAGUAUGAGCUGGAGAAAAUUGAGGCCGAAACUCGAGCUCGUGCAAAAGCUGCAAGGGAGAACCGUGAUGUGAAUUUGGAACAGAUGAAGCUGCAUGAAGAGGAAAAUAGGAAAACGGUCAUCGAAAAAAUUAAGACAGGUGGUGCUGUUCUCGGUGCUGGUCUUCAAGACUUUUUGUCUGACAAAACAAAGAUGACUGCUGCUGCAUCAGCCUACGCCUCGGAGGACGGAGUGUUGACGCCUGAAAUGAUCGACAGAAACACUAAAGAUGCUGUGGCUCAACAUAAACACAAGAUGGAGUGGCUGGAAAAGGAGCAGUUAGCUGCUAGGAAUAAAGAGAUUGUAUUUGGAACAAAGCUUAAAAGGGAAACUGCCGUGUAA